GGGACGGGGGUUCUGCGAAAGCAAACUCGGCACCGGUCUUCCGAUGCCAACCCCCGCCGGAGAAAACGAUCUCAGAUAACCUAUCUCGACUGGGCUGGACAGCAGAAGACGGCAGAUCACUUCAAGAAGACCCUGACCGUCCCAGGGCUUCUGUUUUACUUGGACCCCGAGAAGCCGCGCUCUCCUGCCAAAGAAAACCCCGUAAAAAAUAAAUUGCGAGAACGAAUGAAGCAGCAGCAGAAGCAGGAGCAACUACACUCAGAAGAGCCCGACAGGACUGCAAAGCCCGACUCCUGGCAAGAUCCCGUGGAUGGCCACUGUCCCACUCAUGCAGCGGAGAAGAGCCAACACGCCAACCUAACAGGGAGGAGAGAGCCAGUAGGUGUCGGCCAAAAGGAUCAACACCCAGCCAUGAAAAGGGUUGCCGUGCCACAUUUCUACAACAGUUUGUUCUCAGUGCUCCAGCUAUGUUUGGUGCACAUGGCUCAUGGUGGGGCGUACUAUGGCCAGAAACAGCCCCCUCAACAGCACCAGCCUUUACCCCAGUACAGUGAUGGAUAUCCUCAGCAGCAGUUUCUUGGAAACGACAUGCCAAACUCACCCUAUGGCAAAGAUGUUCCAUUGCUCGCUCAAUUUGGAAAAGACUUUCCUCAGAUGCCGCCCCAAAUCGCCAAACGGACACCACUGACCAACAGCAAAGACAUUGACAAACUUUCCCUAGAGGAGCUAAAGGUCCACCUGUACCUGUUCCUGGUGGAGAUAGUGUCAGACCUGGGCCGCAAGGAAUUCAGGGUCCCCCAGGACCAACAGGACCACCAGGACCACAAGGUCCAACUGGGCCUCCGGGUCAGGGAUUGCCAGGUCCUUCAGGAAAACCAGGGCCCCCUGGUCCUCAGGGCUACAGAGGAAAUGGAAAAGCUGGUAUGCCAGGAUUGCCGGGAAAACCCGGAGGACCUGGACCCGCAGGAACAAAAGGUGACCUUGGUCCAAGCGGUGGUGAAGGGCCAACGGGACUUCCGGGUCCUCAAGGUCUCCCAGGUCCCACUGGACUCCCUGGGAUUUCAAAAACAGGAGGUCAGGGAUUACCAGGACUGCCAGGUCCUCCAGGGGAAGCUGGUCAAAAAGGUCAGCCUGGGUUUCCUGGAACUCCAGGCCCAAAGGGAGACAAAGGACUUGGUUUACCUGGUUUUCCAGGCUUGAAAGGACCCGGUGGACCACCAGGUCCACCUGGCCAAGUGGGCCUCCCUGGUAUAGGUAAAACCGGCCUUAAUGGCCAACCUGGUCAACCAGGGAUACCAGGAAAACCUGGUUCUCCCGGAGAAUCAGGGUUGACAGGGCCACCCGGUGAGAGAGGACAACCAGGGAUACCAGGAUUACCAGGAGCUGGACAACCGGGAAAAGAUGGUUUUAGAGGGCAGCCCGGGCUCUCUGGAGGGAAAGGGGAACAAGGUCCUCCUGGUUUAAUAGGUCCUCCCGGGUUGCCAGGUUAUGGUACACCUGGAUUUCCAGGACCCAAGGGUCAUAAGGGACAUUCUGGUGUUCCAGGGACACCAGGUCCCAAAGGGGAUAAAGGGCAUGUAGGUAUUCCCGGUGUUAUUGGUCCCACUGGUAUAAAUGGAAUUCCUGGUCCACCAGGUCUCACCGGGCCUCCUGGUAGUCUUGGCUUCCCAGGACAGAAGGGAGAAGAUGGUGCUGGAGGCCCGAGAGGAAAUCCAGGAAUAAAAGGUCAAACAGGGCUUCCAGGAAUACCAGGACAGCCUGGAAGGUCAGGAGAGGGUGGCCAACCUGGACCACGGGGAAUACAAGGGCCCACUGGCCCCAAAGGAGAAGCUGGCAUUAGAGGUGUACCUGGUACCCCAGGCGCUGGAGGGUUGCAAGGACCAAGAGGAGAGGUAGGAGAAACCGGGGAUAAAGGCCAUCAAGGACCACAAGGCAUUCCUGGACUUACAGGACCAGGGGGACCAAUUGGACCUCCUGGGCUACCAGGUCAAAAAGGUGAUAUAGGACCACCCGGUAACCCUGGUUAUCCUGCCGAGGGAAAUUCAGGACCCCCAGGUCAAAUUGGUCCACAAGGUAGCACUGGUCCAAGUGGCCCCCCUGGACUUCCAGGACUACCAGGACAGCCUGGGCCCCCUGGCCCUCCAGGAAUGCCAGCCGUAACUUCGGAUCUCGGACGGGUUCUCCCUCACAGUGGCCCAUUCAAUGGCCAAGGUUACAAAAAACAACUGAAUGGAGGCGAAAUAAGCGGGGGUGGUCUGGAAAUGCCUGCAUUUGCGGCAAAGCUCACUAAUCCCUUUCCUCUUGUUGGAUCUCCGGUUAUCUUUGACAAACUCCUGUACAACGGCAAUCAAGACUACAAUCCCCAGAAUGGUAUUUUUACAUGCAGCCUACCUGGAAUCUACUAUUUUGCUUACCAUGUUCACUGCAAAGGAGGUAACGUGUGGGUGGCACUGAUGAAGAACAAUGAACCAGUCAUGUACACUUAUGACGAGUACAAAAAGGGCUUGCUGGAUCAGGCUUCAGGGAGUGCCGUACUCCCGUUACGGAAAGGAGACACCGUGCAUAUACAGCUACCAUCGGACCAGGCGUCAGGACUUUACGCCAGUCAGUAUGUUCACUCUACAUUUUCUGGAUACUUACUGUAUUCAAUGUAUUGACAUUUAAACAUUGAGACGCUAACUGUACUUUUACCAUGAUGGUUUGGUAUCAGCAAAGUUUAAUGGUUUACAGUCAAUCUUGGCCAAGAAAAAUCAUUUUUGCACUGUUGCAGCCUAUGUCAAAUAAAUGAUUCUUCAUUGGUGUAUCACAUGUCGUUAUAAUCAUUGAUAUGUAGAAAGCAAAGAAUGAAAUGUUGGAUUUCAGUUAGGACGGUAAAGAUAAAAAAAAACACAUAAAUAAUAUAAUUCCUACACUCAUUUGCAUUGAUCAAUAUUCUUAUACACAUUCACAAACCAUUUAUCUGUGUUCAUAGUAUGAUGGAUAUAACUGCUUGAAACUUUAUAUUACAUUGUCUUUUUCAGUUAAGAACUGUAUACUAGGCACAUAAAAGCAUAUGUUCAUUAAAAAUGGUAAAUAGCUCUCAUAUUGCGCUUUUUUACUUUAGCUGACCACUCAAAACACUUUCAGACUAGAUGUCACAUUAUAAGACAUCGUACAAAUAAAUAAAGUUUCAUGAAAAAAUGUGAACGUUAAAUCACCCUUAUGAGCAAAACGAAUUAUCGAAAUAACACAAGGCACAAGCAGAGUAGCAAAGAGGACCUGAUAUGACGUGAAACUUGGCAUGGGCGAGCAUAGGUUGUCUUAACUAAAACAGCACAAAGCGAAACACAAACAAUAUAUAUGUUCACACUCAACAGCAUGGGGAACAGGUGGAAACCACCAGGGUGGGACGGACAAUAAGACCAACGGGAAACACAGAGGAAAGGGCAAGUUACCUAAAAACAAGAAAAAAAGAAAUAUCUAAAUCAAACACAAGGCCACAACUCAACAAAGAUGCAAGACAAUUAGAAACGACCCAAUUCAACGUGUUUUGGAAUGCUGGGAGUAGGACCACCAACCUUCGGAUAGACAUGCUCUUCUUGGUGAACUUUCCAUUUUAAUUCCAUGAUCAUCAGGCUGUAAAACAACCAUUUACUCGAAUAUUUUACAGAAUUUCAAACUAUGUUUGUCUCCACAUAAAAACAUGGAAAACAUUUGGAACGUGACCUAGCAUUUCAUUUAGCCUGUUGACACUCUGACGUCUGUAAUGAUGCAAUGUAGAUUUGUCUUGUUUUUAUUGUGACGGAUUUUGAAUAGUUUGAAAUGUGUCUGUCAGUAUUUUUGGUAAUUUAUUUUUAUUUUUUUAACUACUGAUUUUUUGGAUUUGUCUUGUGUUGUUUUGUUUUGUUAAGUGAAUACAUCAAGUGCACAAUUUUUUGAUAGAGUGAAGUGAAACUUGCAUUGAAAGACAUUCCCUCCCUAUUUCUUUUCACAGAUGCUUUUUUUUCUUUUAUUGUAUGCCUUUUCUCCAAUUGAUUGAAUUCACAUUUUAAAAUUAAAUUCUUCUAUCCUACUACUCUUUUGUGGUGCUCAUGACUUAAUUCAAUACUGUACAUAAAGUAUAUUCUUAUUUACCUUUUUGUUAGGUAUAUUGUUAAAUGCAUUCAAAACAUGAUCAUAAUUAGCAACAUAUUGAAGCUUUCUACCGCUUGCACAAGUGAAGUCAGAGUUUGACUUUCAACAGAUUGGAGAACUCAUUCUUUCUUAAUGGCGGAACAGAUGACUGACAACCUGCAUCAAUGCACUUCUCUAAAUAAGGGACCCUAUUAGCUAACCUCC